UCACCCCGCGGCCCCGACCACUCGACGCCCGACGCCGCCAGUCCGCCAUCAGCUCCGCCUAUCCCUCUCUGCGCCCGCGGCCGGCGCCCCUCCCAUCUCCAACUCCGGCGCCCCCAAACCCCAGUCCCCAAUCCCCCCCCCCUCCGUUCGCAUCACACUCCACCUGAAUCCCCAUAACGUGGGCGCGGGCGCGGCACAGGGCCAAGCUCCCGAGGCCCUGCCCCCCGACCGCUCGACAGAGGCCAGACGCGGAGACGCUGCCGCCCAGCUCUGCCUCUCUCGACCGGCGGGGCGUGCGGAUCCAGCGCGGCGCGGACGGACAAGUGGAUCCGCGGCGACGGCGGGGCAAGCGGCCGAGCGGGGCGGCGGCGCGCAGGCGAGGGCACGGCCCGCGUGCGGCGAGCGGGCAGCCCGCGGGCUGUUUUUUUUCGGGGACGGGGGUGAACCGCCCCGCCAUCACCGUGAGACCGUGAGGAAUUCGACCGUGAGCAUCGUUACUCUCCUCCUGUCUUCUUCAGUCUCCUCUGUAGAAUGUACUCCAAGACUCCAAGUGGGCCAGGGAACAAUAGCAACGCAAAAUCCUUCGUCGCAGGCGUAGCAAUGGAGACCUCUGCAACAACCCCAACCCGCCCGUCCCACCCGCUUGCCGCCUCCCAAUCGCCGUCGCCCUCGUCGCUGAGGCUGUGGAGGUCGGCGGCGCAGCGCAACGUGCGCAACCAAUGGUCGCAUAUCCAUGCCGCCAAGGAGCAGUGGCUAUCUGCCGCUUUUGACGGCCGCUCCCACACCUCCAAUCUCGUCAACGCCCACAUCUCCCGCAGGGGCAUGCCGGCGAUGGAUUUGGGAGUGCUCAAGGACAUGCCAGGGAUCCGUGAUAAGGCGAGCUCCAAGUUGGUGCGUAGAGAGGAGCAAUACCGUGACAUGCUUGUGUUGUCCUACAAGAAUAUGGUCGGUGCUCUGUGCUGCUUGGUUAAAGCUUCCCGUUCUAUGCGCUGUUUUUCCAAAGUGUCCCCAAAUGAUUCUGUUGCACAAUUUUCUGAACGACGAGAUGAUUUAAAUGAUUCAGGGGAUGGUGGAGGUGCCCCGGUAUUCAAAUGGUUUUCAAUAUUAGAGUUUGAGAGUUUUGCCCAGGAGCUUGUUGAGAUGUUUGUUUCAGACCUAAAGUUGAAGAGACUGCUAGUCUUGGAACUUCUCUCAGUUACUUUCAAGGAAGGUGUAGAACAUGAGACAUUAUUAGAUUUGGGUGAUGAACUAUAUGAUGGUGAAUCAAACGAACUUCAGAGUAUCGGCCUUCAGUCAGGUGGGACUUGCCCACUGCCUGAAAAUUGGUGUGCCGAUAUUUCAGGAAGUCGGCGACCUGGCAAUCCCCCUUCAUACGAAGUUUUACAGGUUUAUUUAACUGCUUGGCUUGCAAAUGUGAACAUCAACAACAGUAGAAUUGAUGAAAUAUUUGAGCUUGUCGAGGAGGAGAUGAAAAUCAAAGUUUCUUGAAGAUUUUGGUGUAUCUCGUUGGACCUUUUUCAAGUAAGAUGGGAAAGAGAAAACUAUUAGGUUACUAUUCACCUGUUCUCUGUCUAGUGUGUUCCUUUGCCUUAUUAAGUCUUGAGAGCUUAUCUAAGCUCUUGGAAUGUAGUACUACUCUCAGAAAUGCUUGGGGACGUAAAGAUUUAGUAGCUGAAAACCACAUACAGGUUCACCAAACCAGGAAAAAAAUUAUUUACCCAAUGGAGGAUCACCCUGCAAUUGUAUUGUGAGAAUAUCAUUGAGCUUAAUCUGUUCUUCAAACUACAUUAGUCAUUCGAUGGAUCCUUAGUUUUGAUGCUAAUUGGCCUAGCUUCAAUUUUGUAGAGGUUACUGUAAAUGUGCAAUAUGAAUCUUCCUCUGUGUGCAUUACUUAUUUUGGUGACACGUGCAAGACAUGCCU